UCUAAGAGUGCUUUGUUGGAUGAGGUUGACGGAGAACACGGUGAGUUGCCCUGUGGAUCAAACAGGUCCAGCCCAAGUAGGAAUGGAAGUAGACUGUUGGUGGAGCCAGUAGUAGUCCUGUUAGGUGGGUCGCAAGAAAACGUCUAUCAGUGCAUUCAGUCUGAGAUUGAUGAGUCAGUAAGCGACAUAAUUCUCUCGUCAGACCUUAGAGAUGACAAUCUGUUGAAAGCAGUGACCUCAUCCAAGACUGUGAGCUCUGAUAUCUUUGAGGCGGCAAUAAGGGACAUCAACGCUGGCCUCUCUUACAUCCUCCUGCAAGCAACAUGUAGCAGAAGCAGCCAAGUUGCCAGAGAGAUGCUUUGCAUUGUCUCUGUGAAGUUGCUUCCGUUGUUCCCUGAGCUGACAGGAAAGGGGUUUCCCAGUGUCCCUGUAGAAUUGCAGAGGAUACUGGAAUCGAAGUUGCCUUCUGCCACAGCACAGGUUAUUGUUUCUGUCAUUGAUGCCAUGAUUAAUCUCUGUGGAAAGGAAUGCACAAGGGAUACUACAGAAGGACAGGAUUCCGUUAAUAGCCAACUGUGUAGCUUUCUACAUGCUGUGUCUGACAGAAUCAAAGACAUGACAUUAAAGAUCAAGUCAUUUAGCCCCCAGCCAGGCGAACAACCCAGAACAUCCAAAUCCAUGGAAUCUCUCCAGGACACAAUGCCAUGCUCAAAACCCAAGCUUCUAUUGUCAUCCACCUCAUCCAUAGACCAGUCUUGCUCAAGCUUGAUAAAGCUGUGCUCCUACUCUUACUGCACACCAGACUUUAACAAAGAGUUCAGUGACCUGGAACAGGAGAGGCAAGUGGUUCAGUCUCCUCAGCCGUCAAUGUCAAGAAAGGAGGUCAUUGACCUUGGAGACAUUCCAACUGCAAUUUGGGACCAAUCAAAAAAUAUGGAAUUCCAUAAAAAAGCCUCAAUGGCAGUGAGCCAGAUCAUGGAAACCACUGUGAAGGAGAUCACCACACUUUUUGAUUCCAAAAUCUGCACCAUUUACCAAGGACCACUUGAGAAACUUGAUGAACAAAGCAUGCCACUGGAGCCCUCCAUAAAGCUCCCACACAACACUGGUGAGGCAGCAUCUGGUGUGGUAGAUAUCAUCUUGGAGGGCGUGCAGACUGUAAUUGAUCCCAACAAGGAUUUUUUCAAUACUCUCACAGACCCUACACUCUUUCAGGGAGCAAGUCCAAUUGGUUUCCCACAUUAUUCUUCAAAUGGUCCAAGCUAAAUUGAAGGAAAUGUUCACUGUACAACUGCUCCUUAACACUGAAAGCGACAUCGGAUUUAGUCAACACGGUGUAGUAACCAGUGCAAAAGAGAUCCUGAGCCGGAUCUUGGUGAACAUCAAGGAGGGACUGCCAACAUGCGAGUUGAAAGGGUCCAGGGAGGCACUCGCAAAGCAGUUUUUGGACUCACUAAUCCAUAACCUCAAGCUACUGAUAACCAGGGAUUUGGAUCAACAGCCAGAACAAGGUGCCCCCAGCUGCUUUGUUGAACAGAGAGUGGCUGACAUUAGUGCCUCAAUUAUUCCAGAGACUAGAUGCAGCACUUCUCUAGAGCUGGAAUGUAUGGUUGCUGAUGUUAGGCCUAUAACAACUAAUUUGUAUCAUGCUAUUGUGGAGACGGCGAACGUCCUCUCUAAGGAUUCAAUUCACUUCUUGUCCAAGACUGUGCUCAUUGAAAAGGCCCAGCAGGUAAUGCUAGAUUCCAGCAGCACCAAUAUACUACGCCUGGCAGUCAGUAAUUCACAGAUGGCUGUUCAGAAAUCAUGCCCUGGGAAGGAGGACCUUGAGAAACAACUUGUUUUGGAUUUUGUAAAGACAUCAGUAGGGAACCUACUCCAGAAGUGUUUGGGUUUAAAUGCUUCCCAAGAUGAAUCUCAACCCUCUCAGCACCCUUCCUCCGGCUCUAGCCAGAAGUCUCUUCGCUCCAUCCCUGGCUGGGUGUUGUCGAAGCUGAAGGGUACUAAGACAAGUGUGGAAACUGUCUCUGCAACAGCCCUGAUCACAACAGCUAUGGUCCAGGAAGUAAUGGGCUCUGUCCCACUGACCAGAUAUCCGUCAGUGGAUACAAGUGUUUGCCUCAGCAAAGGUAAGGCCUUUAUUUAUUUUAGACAUUAUUUGAAUGCUAUCCAAAAUGUAAUAGAAAGCUGGAAUUAUAAGAUGUUAUUGGACUUAUCUUACUUUCGCACAUUUCAAUCAAUUCAAAUAUUCAUAUUUUAAUAAAAUGUCAAUUUUCUAUUUAAAGAUCCUUCAAAUAUGUAUUUGCCGCUUGAGGAUAUUCAUUGUUAUGAGGAGCUAGUAAGAGAAUGUGACAUAGGAGAAAUGGCUAAGAAAUGUUUGGCCACUGAGGCUGACCGUCCAGAAACAGGACUGAAAACUGUAAACUGGUGCGAAAGAGUCCCCCAUUUCAUGGGUCUUUGUCAAAAAAAAGCACAGACAAUGUCCCGUGUAAGUCUGUCUAAAAGUCUGGCUUCGGACAACACUAAUUCUCAGGAAGAUGUACAAGAAUUUCAGGCCACUUCAAGUCUAUGCACGGUGGCAAGAACCCCAUCCCCAGUGGAAUCGAUGGCCAAUGGGUCUAUGCAUAGCGUAAUGAAUGCCCUUCUCUUGAAAGUCGAAGAGAAUUCGGUCGAAUCAGUGUUGGAAUUGCACCAGGCAGUAGAGGUGUUCAGUGCAGAGGUCCCCAGAGCCAUUGCUUUGUCUGUGGUUCCGGCAAUCAGCACUGACAAAAUGCCUGAGCCAUCUCUCACCAUCACUAAGGCUCAAGGAAAGACAACCAAAAACAGGCGAGAGCGAUUCUAUUUCCCUAGUUGUUGUCCACAGAAGGAGCAAAAGAAAGCCAAAGUGAGUUCCGUUUCUACUUUGUCCGACAAAGCUAUGUUUAUUGACGAUAUGUACCAGGACCUGCUCCAAGAAAAAGGAUCUGCCAUAAAAUUGUGCCAAUCAGUUGAGCAAUUGCACCUUGCAGUAGAGGAGUGCAGUGCAGAGAGAUUCCCCCAUUUCUUGGGUCUUAGUCAAAAGACACCAGAGACAAUGUCCCGUGUAAGUCUGGCUUCAGACAAAACAAAUUCUCAGGAAGAUGUACAAGAAUUUCAGGCCACUUCAAGUCUAUGCACGGUGGCAAGAACCCCAUCCCCAGUGGAAUUGAUCUCCAAUGGGUCUGUGCAUAGCGUAAUGAAUGCACUUCUCUUGAAAGUCGUAGAGAAUUCGGUCGAAUCAAUGUUGGAAUUGUACCAGGCAGUAGAGGAGUUCAGUGCAGAGGUCCCCAGAGCCAUUGCUUUGUCUGUGGUUCCGGCAAUCAGCACUGACAAAAUGCCUGAGCCAUCUCUCACCAUCACUAAGGCUCAAGGAAAGGCAACCAAAAACAGGCGAGAGAGAUUCUAUUUCCCUAGUUGUUGUCCACAGAAGGAGCAAAAGAAAGCCAAAGAUAGUUCCACUUCUACUUUGUCUGACAAAGCUAUGUUUAUUGACGAUGUGUACCAGGACCUGCUCCAAGAAAAGGGAUCUGCCAUAAAAUUGUGCCAAUCAGUUGAGCAAUUGCACCUUGCAGUAGCGGACUGCAGUGCAGAGAGAUUCCCCCAUGUCUUGGGUCUUAGUCAAAAGAAACCAGAGACAAUGUCCCGUGUAAGUCUGGCUAAAAGUCUGGCUUCAGACAAACUAAUUAUCAGGAAGAUGUACAAGAAUUUCAGGCCACUUCAAGUCUAUGCACGGUGGCAAGAACCCCAUCCCCAGUGGACUUGAUCUCCAAUGGGUCUGUGCAUAGCGUAAUGAAUGCCCUUCUCUUGAAAGUCGAAGAGAAUUUGGUCGAAUCAGUGUUGGAAUUGCACCAGGCAGUAGAGGAGUUCAGUGCAGAGAUCCCCAGAGCCAUUGCUUUGUCUGUGGUUCUGGCAAUCAGCACUGACAAAAUGCCUGAGCCAUCUCUCACCAUCACUAAGGCUCAAGGAAAGACAACCAAAAACGGACGAGAGAGAUUCUAUUUCCCUAGUUGUUGUCCACAGAAGGAGAAAAAGAAAACCAAAGUGAGUUCCGUUUCUACUUCGUCUGACAAAGCUAUGUUUGUUGACGAUGCGUACCAGGACCUGCUCCAAGAACAGGGAUCUGCCAUAAAAUUGUGCCAAUCAGUUGAGCAAUUGCACCUUGCCGUAGAAGAGUGCAGUACAGAAGUCCCCAAAGCCAUUGCUUCGUCUGUGGUUAGCGUGAUCAGCACAGAAAAAAUGGCUGAGUCAUCUCUUAACACUAUUGCUCAAGGAAAGCAAACCAAUAACAGGCGAGAGAGAUCCUAUUUCCCUAGCUUUUGUCUGCAGAAGAAGAAAAAGCAAAACAAAGCUUCAUCUACACCUGUGGUUUCCUUCUCCGGUGGGUCUGUGCAUAGCUUGGUAUGUGCACUCCUCUUGAAGAUCCGGAAGAAUGCUGAUGGAUCUCCUCCGCAGUCAGAGCCAGAGCUGAUUGAGAAAGCCCUGUCUGUCAGUGGAUCUGUGUUGACACUGUUGGCAGAGGUCAAAGGAAUGUCGGUUGAUGAGGAAUCAUCAACCCCUAGUCGGGCACCUCCUGAUGAGGUAGUUGAAGCAGUGUACAAGGACAUGCUGCAGGAAAAGGGUUCUGCAAUAGAAUUGCACCAUGCAGUGGAGCAGUGCAGUGCAGAGGUCCCUAGAGUCAUAGCCUGGUCUCUGGUAAAGGAGAUAAGCACUGCUCCCCCCAAUGAAUUCCUUGCUGCCCCAGCUUUCCUCCUCUCAUCUGUCCUGCUUCUCUCUGGACAUCCAAGUAAGGUGAUCUCAUUAUCGGGAAAUGCCAAAUCACUUGUCGCAGCGGCAAGUGAUAGUCUCCCUAAGGAUGAGAGUCGGAAGAGGUUUGGCUUGUUGCCAAAGCUGCCUAAGACACAUAAAAUGCAGAAGAUGCCAAAGUUGAAGAUGAAAAUG